UUAUAGGGCGACUGGGCGAGACGAUAGGAAAGCCGACUGAAGCGAAGGAAUCUGGAAGGAAACGAAACCCUAUUCUCCUUCACGCGACUCCUCACCGUCGCCGUCCUCGCCAUCGUCUACCUUUCCAGCAGCCUGACUUUCCUCCUCCUCCCGCUUGCUGGUUCCUCCUUGCAUCUUCUUCGCCGAACACCUCGCUCUCCGUAAGCAGAACUGCAGCAGAGUCCGCCUGUGACUGUGUAACCUCCAUGCCCCCGACCCCUGGGGCCUGGACUCCGACGACGAUCCUCAGUUCACCUUGCCGGCGCGUCUUACUGUUUGAAGUCUGACCUCCAUCCACUAAGCUCUCCCGAGUCCCGAGCUUCGAAGGAUGAAACUGUAUUAGUUCCCUCCCACUCUCAUAUCAAUUCCAUACAACUAAACUCCCUGUUGCCUUAAUCAAAGAGAGGGGAGGGAACAAGGUCGCGACCAAGCAUCGGCGAUCUCGUUCUUGCCAAGGUUAAGGGCUUCCCUGCUUGGCCUGCUAAGAAUUGGAGUUGAGAUUCUCCCUUGUGAUCCCCCUUGCCUUGCGUCGUCUACUCGUAAUCCAAUCCUCCCCGAUCUGUCACUCCAAUCCGUCUCCGGUCCUUCUUCUCCUCUGCCCAUGGAGAGCAACGCCCCCAAGCGAGCACCCUCCAAGAUCAACACAGAUAAUAACCACCCCAGUCAUGAAGACAACCCUAAUGCCUUGAACGGUGGCGGUGCUGCUACACUCCAAGAUGUUGCGGAACAUCAACAUGAAGAAGCACCAGCAGUAUCAGCAGCAGCAGCACCACCACCACCAGAAGAACGCCCUGCUCAAUUGGAGGAUGAGGAGGAGGGGAACACCCCUAAUCGGACUUCCUCCAGCAGAACUCCCUUCACUGGUUUGAGCCAGGUUGAUGCUGAUUGGGCCCUCGCCCGUACCCUCCAAGAACAGGAGCGGGCGUAUAUGAUGUUAAGAAUAAACAAUGAUGGCAGUGACUAUGGAAGUGGGGAAGGAGGGAGCUAUUUAGCUGAUGAAGAAGAUGAUUUCGACGACCCUAAUGAUGAAAGUGAACUGGACGCUGACGAUGGGGAGCCAUACGAUGGCACUGACACAGCUGAUGAGGAAGAUGCGUUUGAUGUCCAUGUUCAUGAAGUGGCUGGGGAGGACCAUAAUCUAGCUCUUGAGUUUGACCCAGAUGUUUUCUCAAGUGAUGAGGCUUAUGCAAGAGCUCUACAGGAUGCUGAAGAGAGAGAAAUGGCAGCAAGAAUGCUGGCCCUUUCCGGGAUUAAUGAUCGUGCGUGUUUCACUUCUAGGGAAGUUGGAGAUGCUGAUGACCGCGGCGGACACUUGCCGGAUACAUGGGAAGAAGUUGAUCCAGAUGAACUCUCAUAUGAGGAGUUGCUUGCCCUGGGCGAGGUAGUUGGAAGUGAAAGCAGGGGGCUUUCGGCCGAUACAAUUGCCUCUUUACCUUCCAUUAGCUACACGAUAGGAGGCGCUCAGCAUGGAAGCAGCGAUUCUUGUGUGAUUUGCCGGUUGGACUACGAGGAUGGUGAGACUCUGACAGUUCUCUCUUGCAAACACUCUUACCAUUCAGAGUGCAUAAACAAUUGGCUGAAAAUAAACAAGGUGUGCCCAGUUUGUAGCGCGGAGGUUGUCUUAGCGGGAAAUAACUAGUAGAGAAAAUGAUGGCUCUCCUUGAUAAAUCUCUGGAGCCACCCCUCAUAUUUUACUGAAUGAUACUUGCUGGUCCCCCCUCCCCAUAUAUUAUAUUACUGGGGAAAAGACUAGUGAGUAUGAUUGAUUAUGUCCUCCCCCCCUCCUUUUCUUCUGUAAAACCUUGAAAGACCCUGUGCUUUUAAUCAUGUUUGAGAGGAUGAUUUCUUAUACCAGUGAUGGAUAUGGAUGAUCUUGAUGAAAUGCUAUGGUAUUGAUGCCUAUAUCUUUACCCAAAUAGGAAGUUGGCUAUACCAUUGCGAAUUUUGUUUUUGUGAUACUACUAGGGGUCACCAGACCGGUUUCGUGUUUGUGCUGUCGUGAUUUCAUAGAGAGACCAGUUGAAAGGUUUAGUUAAGUCUCGGAGGAACAGGCAAUAGGUAAGUAGCAAUGGCAAGCAAUUGUGUUGUGUGCUGAUUGUUGCAGUAGAAUAAGUCCUGGUCUCAUUUGAUUGUUUUCGUUUGCUUUCUUUCUUUUCGGUGUAAUCCAGGCAUGCUGCAUCUCAAGCUGACAGUGCUCAAUGUUUCUGACUCUUUUAUCAA